AUGGAGCAUCUGAAUCAUGAACAAACGUGGAAGCAAGCAACCAAUGACUACAAAAGCCUACAUAAACUUAUUAAGGAUUCCACUUCAAUUGGAAGUUUUGCAUUCAAAUGUCAAGAUGUUAUUAUUAACAAAUCAACAGUGGAUGAAGAGUAUUAUCAAUCAGCGAAAAGAUUCCUAUUGAUAAUUAACUUAUUGGGCAUUUAUACAGAAAUACGACUUUUGAUAAUUGAUGAUUUGAAAAAGAUCCCAAAUUUUCAUUUAAGUUAUCAUUCAUUAUCACCAGAAGAACAGAAAAAUAUGGUGAGUCAAGUCAAGUCGAUUCAAAAAUGGACAUCAUAUUGUGGCAUAAAUAUAAAUUUGGCAUUUCUAUUAGAAUUAUCUGGAUACAUAUUUACAAAGCAGUUUAAGUACAAUUCACACGUAUUAUACCAGUUGUAUAGAAAAGGAGAGAAAAAUCGGCAGAGAAGAGUUGAAUUUUUAGGAUUGGAACAACAGCAAUACCAACAACAACAGCAAAAACAGCAUGCUGACAAAGACAAAAACUAUCAUACUUGA